AUGAAUAAAAAAGUGGGAUUCAAGAAGACAAACAUCCCUUUUAAGAACUAUGAACUUUUUCUCACUGUUCUAUUUAUAAUCUCCCUAUGUAUUUGUAUUGUUUUAUUAACAUUUCUAUGGUUGUUCAACAAGACAACUGAACAAGGACUAAAAGACCAUGAAGCAAAGGGAAUAUUUACAAUAAAAUCAGGAGCAUUGUUCACCCCUGCUUUGCAAGAUAAAUCAUCAGUAGACUUCAAAGUUCUUGCCUUUGAUGUUCAGCAAAUGAUAGAUGAUAUGUUACAUGCAAGUGAACUUCAAAAUGAUUAUAAGGGAAGUAAAGUUACACAGUUCAGAAAUGGCAGUGUAAUUGUACUCUUCAAACUUUUCUUUGUACGGUGGGUGUCUGAAGUAAACAUAAAGAAUGCGUUGGUGUAUGGCAUCAAAGAGAAUAAAAGUGAACUCUUACAGACUUUUAACAUUGAUGUGAACAGUAUAGAAAUAACAGAUUUGGGAAUAUCUACUUCAAGCAGUCCUUUGACAACAUCCGAUUUGGAAAUAUUUAGUACAAGCAGUCCUUCAACAACUUCUGGAUUGGGGAUAACUAGUACAACUAUUUCAACAACACCUGCUACACCCUGUGAUGGAAAAUUCAUUCUAGAUGGCUUGUCUGGAUCUUUCCAUUCUAUUAAUUAUCCAGAACCCUAUAGCUCAAAUCUUGUUUGUCGAUGGAUAAUAAAUAUGGAGAAGCACCUAUCUAUCAAAAUUAACUUCACUGCUUUUAAGACACAAGAGUUUGUGGAUAUUCUAAGUAUUUAUGAAGGCAUAGGUCCAACAAAGAUAUUAAGAGCUCACAUCUCAGGUUCAAAUCCUGCAACAGUUUAUAUUUUUUCUGAUAAAGCCACUGUAGAAUUUGUCACAGAUUUACAUGAGAACCUUAAUGGUUUUAAUGCAACCUACGCUGCAUUCAAUACAAGUGAGCUAACCGACAAUGAAAAAAUCAACUGCACUUUUGAAGAUGGAUUUUGUUACUGGAUUCAACAUAUAAAGGGAAUGAAUGAAUGGGAGAGAGCUAACGGCUCUUUUUUUCCUCCUACUUCUGGUCCAGAUUUUGAUCAUACCUUUGGCAAUUUAUCAGGCUACUACAUUUCAACACCAAUAAUUCGUGUAAGCAGGCCAUUGAGAGCUCAAAUAUUUAGCUUACCCCUAGACCCUAUUUCAGAUGCAUACUGCCUAAAUUUCUGGUAUCAUAUGUAUGGUAUUAAUGUGUACCAUCUAAAUAUUAAAAUUAUAUAUGAUGAUAGCAGUGAAAAGAUCAUCUUCCAGAAAGAAGGAAAUUAUGGAAACAAUUGGAAUUAUGGACAAAUAACAUUAAAUGAAACAUCUACAUUUAAAGUUGCUUUUGAAGCCUUUAAAAUACCAGGUUGGCAUGAUAUUGCCAUUGAUGAUAUAGGGCUUUUAAAUGGAGCCUGUGCUGAAAGCAUGUAUCCAGAACCCACUUUGGUUCCUACAACACUUCUGCUACCAACUGAUUGUGGAGGUCCAUAUGAUUUGUGGGAACCAAACACUACAUUUACUUCAAUGAACUACCCAAACAACUACCCCAAUAAAGCGUCUUGUGUAUGGUAUUUGAAUGCAGAAAAAGGAAAAAAUAUUCAACUUCAUUUCCAGUAUUUCAAUUUAGAGGAUAUUUAUGAUGUCGUAGAAGUCAGAGAUGGUAGAGGAACUGAGUCUUUAUUUUUAGCUGUAUAUACUGGAAAAUCCCCAUUGCCAGAUAUAUUCUCUACAACUCACCAAAUGACUGUGCUCUUCUUUUCGGACAAAUCUGCAACCAGAAAAGGAUUUGUAGCCAAUUUUACUACAGGUUAUCAUCUUGGCAUGCCAGCUUCAUGCGGACUGAAUUAUUAUCAGUGUGGAAGUGGAGAAUGUAUACCCCAGGCUCAGAUUUGUGAUCAAUUCCAGCAUUGUAAAGAUAAUUCUGAUGAAGCAGAUUGUGUGCACUUGAUCAAUGGUUCUCUCAGCUCCAAUGGGUUAGUCCAAUUCAAAAUUGAGACGCAAUGGUUUACAGUUUGUGCUAAUGAGUGGACAGAAGAAUCAUCAACCAGUAUCUGCAAUCUGUUAAAACUAGGAAGUGGGAACAAGUCAUCUCCUGUCUUGUUUACUGGGGCAGGUCCAUUUGUCGAAGUUAAAAAAACAACUAACAGCAACUUCAUAUUAACACCAAGGGUAAAGUGUUUGAAUAAUCUGGUGAUUCAUUUGCAAUGCAGUGGUAAAUCUUGUGGGAAAAGAAUGAUUACCCAGAAAUAUCAACCAAGAAUUGUUGGUGGUUCCGAUGCUCAAGAAGGUGCUUGGCCUUGGAUAGUCUCACUGUAUUUCGAUUACAAUCCAACCUGUGGAGCUUCUCUUAUCAACCAUGAAUGGCUAAUCUCAGCUGCACAUUGUGUAUAUGGGAGGAAUUUAAAACCAUCUCGGUGGAAAGCAUUUCUUGGGCUGCACACAAAUCUCAAUCUAUCAUAUCCUCAAACAGUGAGCCGAGAGAUUGAUCAGAUUAUCAUCAAUCCACACUAUAAUAAGCGAACAAAAGACAGUGACAUCGCUUUGAUACAUCUCCAAUUUAGAGUAAAUUACACAGAUUAUAUUCAGCCCAUUUGCUUCCCAGAAAAAAAUAAACAAUUUUUGCCAGGCACUAAAUGCUCUAUUGCUGGUUGGGGAAAAACCACACAAGAAGAUUCAAUCUCAAGUAUAUUGCAAGAAGCAGAAGUCCCUCUUAUAACACAUCAGAAAUGCAAGGAACUGAUGCCAGAAUACAAUAUUACUGAAAACAUGAUAUGUGCUGGGUAUGAUAAAGGUGGAAUUGAUGCUUGUAAGGGAGAUUCUGGUGGGCCUCUGAUGUGUCAAGAGAAUAAAAAGUGGUUUCUAGUUGGUGUAACAUCCUUUGGCUAUAAGUGUGCACUUCCAAAUCGCCCUGGAAUUUAUGUAAAUGUUUUCAAAUUUGUUGACUGGAUAAAACGUACCAUUAAUUAUUAG